UUUUGUUUCCGGUGCAUUUGCGUAUGUUCCGCUUGUGGAAGGAUGGCUGUAGAGAAGCACGUCGAGGCUAAAUUAGCCGGAAUGGACGAGAAAAAGGAGAAUUCCGGCGAUGAGGGGCUCGGAUUAGAAAUUCUGCAGAUAAUUAAGGAAUCCCAGCAGCAGCACGGUUUGAGACAUGGGGAUUAUCAGCGAUACAGGGGGUACUGUUCUCGACGCAUGCGCCGUCUUCGCAAGACCCUGGGCUUCAGAAUGGGAAACCGGCACAAGUUCACCGGGAAGAAAGUCACUGUGGAGAUGCUGUCUGAUAACAGAUACCUGCUUCUUGUCCUGAUGGAGGCUGAGCGGGCCUGGAGCUAUGCCAUGCAGCUGAAGCAGGAGGCCAACACCGAGCCUCGCAAGCGCUUCCACCUGCUCUCGCGCCUGCGUAAGGCCGCCAAGCACGGAGAGCACCUCGGGCGCCUGUGCGAGAGUCACCGCGUGGAUGCCAAGACCAAGCUGGAGGCCCAGGCCUACACUUCCUACCUCUCUGGGAUGGUGCAGUUUGAGCUGCAGCAGUGGAAAGCUGCGAUGGAGGCCUUCAAUAAGUGCAAAACAAUCUAUGAGAAACUGGCUAGCGCCUUCACGGAAGAGCUGGCAGUGUUGUACCACCAGCGUGUGGAGGAGAUCUCCCCCAACAUCCGCUACUGUGCCUACAACAUUGGUGACCAGAACGCCAUGAAUGACCUGAUGCAGAUGAGGCUGAGUGCUGGAGGGGGUGGAGGCAUGAUGGCUGAAAAACUGGAGACCCUGAUCACCCAGACGCGGGCGAAGCAGGCCGCCACCAUGAGCGAGGUGGAGUGGCGCGGGCGCACGGUGCCGGUGAAGAUCGACAAGGCCCGCAUCUUCCUCCUGGGCCUGGGCGACACCGAGGCGGCCAUCGCACAGGCAGCCAAUGAGGACACGAAGGAGCGUCUGUAUGAGACCCUGCUGGCGGAGUGCCGGGACACCAUCCAGGCCGUGCGGGAGGAGAUAAAGUCCGAUGCGAAGCAGAGGGAGAGGGCUGUGGAUGCCGACACUGGGAAGGUCUCCAACCUGCAGUACCUGCACAGCUAUCUGACCUACAUCAAGCUGUGCACGGUGGUGAAGCGCAACGAGAGCAUGGCCCACGCGCUGCACGGCAAGCUGAAGGAGCCGCAGCCCGACGAGAGCAAGAGGGGCCCGCGGCCGCAGGACCUGAUCCGCCUCUACGACAUCAUCCUGCAGAGUCUGGCUGAGCUGUCGGCCCUGCAGGGUCUGGAGGAGGACCACACCUUCCAGAAGGAGGUCUCCCUGAAGACUCUGGUCUACAAGGCCUACAGGUGCUUCUUCAUUGCCCAAUCCUACGUGCUGGUGAAGAAGUGGAGCGAGGCGCUGGUCCUGUACGAGCGGGUGCUGAAGUAUGCCCGCGAGGUGCAGUCCAAGGCCAAGAGCCUGAACAACCGUCUCCAGGACCUCCCUGAUGUGCAGGAGUUGAUCUCCGAAGUCAACGCUGAGAAAUACUCCCUGCAGGCGGCAGCCAUCUUGGACACUGGGGACGCUGCAGAAGCUCCUCAGCAAUUGCAGGUGAAGGACAAUAAGCCCCUGUGUGAGCGGCUGGAGGCCUUCCACCUGGACCCCGCCCUCCUGGGGAAGCAGCCCAAUCUGGUGCCGUUCCCCCCGGACUUCCAGCCGGUGCCCUGCAAGCCUCUGUUCUUCGACCUGGCCCUCAACCACGUGGCCUUCCCGCCCCUGGACGACAAGGUGGAGCAGAAGGGCAAGGGCGGCCUGACCGGCUAUAUCAAGGGGAUCUUCGGCUUCGGCAGCUAAACCCGGGACCCCCGGGACCUCUGGGAUUUCGGGCCGGAGGUGCAGCGGCUGCCCAGUCCCCUGGAACAAUGGCAACCAACCCCCGUUCCCGGAGAUCUAUCGUCCUGAGGGUUUUUCAUUCCAACCCAAUAACAAAGCACACACCUAUUCAACAGCCAGAUGUCUUGUUUCGCUGCUAGUUAGUAGAGUCAGGUGUGCCAAAAUUAGGGUUGAAGUGAGAACCUACAGGAUGGUAGAUCUCCAGGGACAGGGUUGGUUACCACGGCCCCCAGAAUGAUGCGUGGGCUCUAGAGGUGCUGGUUCAGUCUGGAUUCUGAGGUCUGGAACUCAUCCAACCCCCACCCGCCCCCCCGACUUCAGAAUCUCCAUGUGACCAUCAGCACCUGCCACAUCUAGGGGGGGGGUAAAAAGGAAAACAAAAUAUAGAUAGAAACUUUUAAUUAACCGAAAUAUAAUUUUAAACUCUAAAUGCGCCUUUUCUUGUAACCAGUGUUAAUGUCGGUAUUCUUUGUCAAUUUGCCUUGAUUACAGUGUUUAGCCGGGUAAUUGCAGACAACGGUGGAGCAUAUUCACGGUUCUCUUGAGGGUGAUGAGAAUUUAAUCCUUUUGUGAAACAACAACACAACUGACUGUGAUUGCCAUACUUAACAAUGCGAGAGCAACUCGUGGAAGUUUGUUCUUUUAGUUUGAUUCCACACGUGGUUUAAGGAGUGGUGACAACCCCACACAUGAAUUUCAGUUCCCUGUUACCCGAAUUCUCUUGUUCAUAAUGGAUAGUAACACGUUUUAAAUCUGUUAAAGGCUUGUCGUACUGAUCCAUGUAAUACCUGCUUUGCUGCGUGGAUGAAAUUUGAACUUUAUCAAUGGCAGAAGGAAACUUUCUCACUAUGAAUCUCCAUGUAGCUUCCUCUUCCUCCUCCCUCUGUAACACUGCUUAAUGCUGUCCUCAACAGCGCACAGAUCCCUCAUUCUUGAACUCUUGAACAUGCUUAUAGUAUCAACGGUGGAGGCAGCAGCCAGUCUAGGGGGUGUGUCAUGUUGCUUUUUUUUUUUUUUCUUUCUUUCUUUCUUUUUUUUUUUUUUUUUUUAAAGCGCUCUAACUUUGAUAAGACAUUGAGUUGCUCUGCCACCUUCUUUUCCUGUGCUGAUGUGACUGAGGUCACAGUAUAAUACUGUCCAGAAUAAGGGAGCUCGUCUUAGCUCCCAAUAUCCUUACACACGACCAGGUCUCACCAGCUCCUGCUGUCCCACAGAACCGGUUUAUGAAGCUGCCUUGUGUUUGUCUCGUCUCGUGGGGGGGGUGGGGGAACAGCUGUACCCCCCCGUAACUUUGAUUUUCCCUCCCCCGUGUUAUGUUGAACGAAAUGUGUGUUCACCAACUGGUGCAGGUCACAUGACCCAAAUGGCUUGAAUAUCUUCAGUUCGCAUGUUGGAUAGAAUAAUUUGAAAUUCUGUAAGGAAAACUAUUAAUUUUUGAUUUUAAAGUUUCUUUUUUUUUUUGUUUAAGGCCAAAUAAAACAACACCGGUUUCUGUCAA